AGGAACUGCUGAGAAAGCGGUUCCGGAUUUUCCGGAUUUAGCGGUUCCGCAUUUUCCUUCGAUUCGAUCAUUCCCAGAACAGAACAUCUCCAGUCCGCAUUUAGUGUGUGUAUUUGUCUAAUUCCGUGUGUGCCUAAUACACCGUCGACAUGGGUCGCUCGGUGCUUUGCGAGGGCCUGGUCGAGGAACAGCUGCGAUAUUUGAGAAAACAUGCCGGACCGUGCGUCGGAUUCCUGAUCGGACAACCGGUGGCCAAUGGUAACUAUUAUGUCGUGCACGCUAAUCAGCUGAAAUCGGAACGAGCGCCGAACGGUGACGCGAAGGAGUUGCUCGACCAAGACGUCCGUCAAAUUUCCCAACACGCCCUGGUUGAAACGCGAAUGCUUCCGGGCGGAAUGUACGUGCUGGGCAUAUUUGUUUUCCAUGAGAACAACCUGUUCGAAGAUCAAGCGCUGCUGCAGCGCGUCAAACUCAUUCUUCUGAACAUGAAAGCCUCUUUCGAAGCCAAUCCGUUGCUUAUGGGUUACUGGGAUGAGCAGGACCGGGACGAAAAGCUCGUGUUGUAUUAUUCGUGUCGCAACAAAUCCUAUUGCUGCAAAACGGUUUCGUUGGAUACGGACAAUCCGUCCGUACGGCCGUGCGAUUGGAAGUUUUCGGAUCAACCAUCGUCCUGGUAUCAGUUUAAGACGUACUUCGAAACGAACGACGUGUGCCCUUUGCAACAAAAAGUCGAAAAAGGGCAGCAAUACGACACCGAAGCGAAUCUGACCGAGUGCGCGAAGAUGGUCAACGAGCAGCUGGAGGACGCAAAGAUUUUGUUUGACGGUUUGCUUAGACCGGAAUCGGAUAGCGUCGAGGGAACGCUUCGCAAGAUGGACCGCACUACGCUGGAUGUUCAGGUGUACUUGCCAUCGCCACCCGAUUUCCAAGAAGGUGAAGCAAAGAUCGACCAAUACAACGGGAUGCUCAAGUUUGACGGGAUCGUCAGCUCGCAGGUGUACGUCCACUCCCAGUGCACGUUCAGGGAACUGGAGCGCUUCAUCAAGGCCGAUAUUGUGCGUUCACUGAUGUCGCGCAUUCAAAUCCAUUGCGAUUCCCUGGUGCAGACGGAUGGCGGGGUCCAGGAUAAGAUAACGUUGAACGAACUGCCACGCCGCAUCUACUUCCCCAUCCAGCAGAAGUAUUCCAACUUCCCGGUGCAGUUUAGCGACUAUCUGUUUCCGGACGAAGCCAAGGAGAGAUUGGUGACGCAGAUUGAUGACAUACUGGCGGUGAACCUUGCACCGAAUCUUUUGAACGCUACGGUUGAGCUCGUGCCAGCCGUAAAGGAGGACGAACGACACAACGCGGAAGAAUGCGGGGCCGGUGCAUUGGGCGAGGGUGAUGGCGAUGGCGAUUUGAAGCUUAACAUGCCCGUCAUCAGCGCUAUUGUGGCCGUUUUUGUAUUGUUGAUCGCUCUACUGGUGUACUAUAUGCUGAAAUAAAACGGGUAUUUUGUGUUCUG